CUAUUUCUCCUUCAGGAAAACGUUGACAUCCAAUGCGCUUCCACCUUGAAUCUUCAUCAUCUUCGAUUUCGGGGAUGAGUCGAUAGAAAACGUGAGCAAGAACCGUGUCGCCAACGGACAUGACGACCCAAACACCAUGUUACGCAGAACGAGGCAGCUAUGGCGCUGGAUACGGGUAGUCGCCGUGGUUGGCAUCGUCUGGCUGAUCCUCAGCGUGGCCCGCGACAGCGACCCCUUCCCGGCGGCCAGCACGUCCUGGUCUCGCUCCCGCCAUGACCCCACCGACGACAUCUGCCGCCCACACGGCUGGAAACCCUCCCGCCCCAAGGAUCCCUCCAAGCCGCGCAAGGUCUACGACCUAAUGAUGAUCAACACCGAGCUCGACCACCUCGAAUUUCGCCUCAACACCACCUUUGCCGAGGUCGACUACUUCGUCCUGGUCGAGAGCCGCAAGGCCUUCACCUACCUCGACAAGCCCCUGACCCUCAAGAAGAACCUCGCCAAGUUCCACCCCUACGCCUCCAAGAUAAUCUACCACGAGAUCGAAUUCCCGCCCGACUUCAGCCCGCGCACCACCUGGGACAUUGAAGACCUGCACCGCAACGCCAUGCUGACACAGGUCUUCCCGCGUCUGCGCGGCGCCCAGGCGCCUCAACUAGGGGACGUGCUCGUCGUGUCGGACUGGCUGCACCGUGGGCCGGAGUGGCCGCACCCGCAGGCCACGUACUACCAGGGCAUGGGAAAGACGCUGCGUCCGAACGAUCUGAGGAUUGGUGAUGGCGGGGUGUGGCCGUUUUGGAAUUGGGAGACGGGCGCGGUAAGGAAUGCGAGCUGGCACUGCUCAAACUGCUUUGAGACGAUGGGGGAGCUGUUGAACAAGAUGGGGUCGUUUUCGCACAUGAAGUUGAAUGCCGUGAAGUACCGAGACCCGGGGAGGAUUGCCGACAGGGUGAGGAACGGGAAGGACUUGUGGGAUCGGAAGGGUGAGGUGUACGAUCGGGUCGAGGAUAAUGUGGAUGUGCCGCGGUUUUUGUUGUUGAACAAAGAGAGGUUUGGGUACAUGAUUGAUCGGGACGGCCCUGAGGCGGGGUUCACGGAUUAUGAGGGGUGA